CUACAUUUCAAUGUCAAAUUUGAACAAAAUUCAUAGACUGCCCAUGUGUGUUUAGUGUGUUUAGUAUCAUUUAAAAUAUGUAAAUCUUCAAAUAACAGGAAACGGAUUUUCCGAUCUCUUGAAGUGGAUUAAGUUUCCGCUGACGUACAGUGUUGUUGUUAUAAAGCUGUGUUCUUUACGUCUCAUCGGAACAAAAAGUGUUAAGGAAAAAUUAUCGACAAUUUGCGUCUUAAAGAAAAAUAGUCGGCCCUACCGGUAUUUAUCUUCUGCGAAGGGAAUAGUAAUCGUGAUUCAAAAUGGUGGAAUUAGACUGUGGGAGGAAGACAUUGAAAUAUAUGUUGUUCGUUAUCAACUGUAUAUUCUUCGCUUUAGGUGCGGUAGCAUUUGGUCUUGGAAUAUGGGCCCUUGUCGACAAAUACAAGAUGAAUGUCUUGACAAAGAUUGGCGCCGCAAGCUCAAACUUCAAUAUCAAUGGGCUUUUAGAAUCGGCAGCAAUUGUGUUACUUGUGGGUGGAUUGUGCGUUAUGAUAAUCGGAUUCCUCGGAUGUUGCGGUGCAAUAAUGCAGAAGAAGUGCUUGCUGUGCUCGUACGCCAUAUUCCUGCUGUUGAUAGUUGUGCUGGAGAUCGCAGCUAUUGCGAUAGCAGCUUCCUUCAGGGGAAAGGUUACCACAGAGAUGAAAUCGUUCCUUAGACAGACCAUCAACAGCAAAUACCAGGGCAGGGUGGAUACAAAAGAGCCAUUUUCACUUGCACUGGAUUACGCCCAGGUCUAUUUCCAAUGCUGUGGUAUCGACAGCUACGCAGAUUUCAACGGAGCUUCUGCCUGGAAGAAGACGGGUGAAAAAGGGACCAUGAAAAUACCCCCAGCCUGUUGCAAACUGAAGGACAAGGACGCGUUAUUGAAACACCAGAAAUAUGAGCCGAUUGACUGGAACUGCCCCUACAACCCGACUGCAAUCAAUUCUAAUAUGAACAAGCCGUGUUGGGCCUCUAUUGAGGACUACCUGAAAAGUCGCAUCGGAGUCGUCAUCGGCAUAGCAGCCGGAAUCUUGGUCUCGGAAAUAAUCUGUGUCGUGUUCGCAUUCUGCAUUAUCAGAGCCAUGCGAGGAGGAUAUUCGGACAUGACUGGCAAAGUGUGAGGCGUACAAAAUAUUAUUUUAAUAUAGUCUCAAUAGAGACUUCUAUUUGAAGCGAUAAACACCAAUUGUUUCUAAGUCAUAUUUUCAUAUGAUCGCUCAUUGUUAAGCAUGUUUUGUAAUAUCGAACUAUCCUUUUCCGUAAUACAGAAGAAAAAAUAAUUUUAAUAUGUUAAUUUAAAGGGGCCUUUUCACAGAUUUUGGCAUUUUUUAACUUAUUCAUUAACUGCUUUAUAUCGAUAAAUGUAAACAUUGGAUCGUAAAAGCUCCAGUAAAAAAUCAAGAAUAAAAUUAAAAAAAAGAAAAGAACAUUGCCCGGACCAGGUUUCGAACCAGUGACCCCUGGAGUCCUGCCAGAGUCCUGAAGUAAAAACGCUUUAGCCUACUGAGCUAUUCCGCCGAGUACACAUGCUUAACGUAUUUUAUACCUUAUAUAAGCAAUCUUCGUAGUUUCAAAAAAUUUAACGACAAAAACAGAACUCUCCAAAUUAUUCAAUCGUUUCGCGUUGCAACGCUUUAUAAUUUUUAGGUUUUAAAAUCGUCAAAAGAUGCAUAUAAUGGCUCUAUUAGACCAUGGUAAAUGUUCAGUAUUACUGUUUCCUCACAAAUAUCAUAACUAAAACGAAAAUUUGCGAAUCUUCAACAUCUUUUUUAAAUUUUGUCUAUUUACCAAAGCGUGAAAAGAUCCCUUUAAUAUGUCAUUAACUAUUUAACUUUUAGCAAAUGCUUUUGCUAUUUUUAAUAGUCUUUUACAUUUUAAAGAUACAAUAUUAAAACAUACGAGUAAACUAUCAGUUUCUUUUUUGACAAUUGUUACAAAAAGUUCGAUCGUUGAAGUUUUUCAAUUUAACAUUAAUUUAACAUAUUCGAUGAUGAAUAAGAAUAGUUGUUUGUGUGUGUAUUGUGUUGUCUUAUUUUUCAUAUCAGAGUUAUCAUUCUUACCUGAUACGCUUUCAUCUAAACUAAUAACACAUUACGUCCUACGAUUCUACGUGAAAACCAUGUCCUGUAAGGAAUUGCCAAACGUUGGGACAGCGUAAAAAGGCGUGAAUAUAUUACUUUUGUUUCUCAAUGCAAUAGGAUUUGCUAAAAUUAAAGUUAAUUUUACAUGAAAGAAAUAAAACAUAAUGCUUAAUAGUAUAAAUAUAAAAGUGGAGAAUUGUAAAAAAGUAAACGAAACUUAAGUGUCGACUUUCUUUUAUGUGGUUGGAUUUAAGUGGAAAAUAUGUUAUAUUUAGGUAGCAUAUCGUUGAAACAUUCGCAAAUCAUGACAGAAUCGAAAAACUUUUUGUAUAAUUGUUAUUUAGAGGUUAUAACACACCGAUGUCCGUUAUGAUUCGUCAUGAUUCGCACUCAUCAUAAGAUCGAAAGAAGUGAUUUUAAACAAUAAAUGUACAAGAACUUA